AUGGCGAGAGAGAAACAGAGUAAAGCAUGGGAGAGACUCAUGUGGGACUUCAAGAGACUGCAGAAAGAUCCUCCCGUGGGGAUAAGUGGUGCUCCUCAAGAUAACGAUAUCAUGCUCUGGAACGCUCUCAUCUUUGGACCUAAUGACAGUCCACGGGAUGGAGGUACCUUCAAGUUGACUCUUCAGUUCACCGAGGACUACCCGAACAAACCACCAGUAGUUCGGUUUGUUUCACGAAUGUUUCAUCCAAACAGAUUUGCUUGGAUUACAAAACUAAUGGAGUCCAAUAUACGAUGUUUCUGCAAUACUCACAUCAAUCCUGUCUCUGCUUCGUGACCCAAAUCCUAGUUCGCCAGCAAACUCCGAAGCUGCAAGGUUGUUCAUUAAGAACAAGCAAGAAUAUAACAGGAGAGUAAUGGAGAUUGUGGAGCAGAGCUAUGUAUAUUAACAUUAUUCAAUAUUUGUAUUUGACUAUUGAGUAGUAAUUGGAGAUUUGAAAUAGUUUUAUCCAAAAUAUAUUUGAUAACUAUGAAUAAACGAAGAAACACAUCUCAAAUGAAGAGACAGAGAAGAAAAAAAAAAACAGAACACAAUUACAUAACCAAGCAAAUAAAAUAUUUGGUGUCUUCCAAACCAAACUUAGGAACGCGUUUCAACUAUGUACCUUGAACAAGCAUUCAAACCAAAA